AUGGUGCAGCAGGCGGUCGAGGCUUAUGGGUUGCGGUUGUUCACGCAGGUCUUGGGGUGGGAGGUUGGUCCGGCGCAGAUUCUUAUGGCGCUGGUCAAGAGGAAUUUGAGGGAUAAGCAUACGCAUGCUUAUGUUAAAGAGGUCGUGGUAUAUGGCCGGAAACCCCUCCAUCAUAAAUAG